AUGGAAGCUGAUCAACUAGCAGCAGCAGUUCCCCAUGUGGCACUUGCUGCUUCGGCUGAGCUCGCCGCAGGGGACGCGACUGGCGGAGAUACGCGCACCGAUGGCGGAGCUUUGUGCGCGGAUAACGGCGCGCGCGGGAAUGAAGAUGAGGGGAGAGGUGGAGUGAGUGGGGAAGGCAGAAUAGAGAAGAAAAGCGGAGAGGUAGGGAGCGACAAAGGGGAUGGAAAAGGAGAAAAGCGGGAUGGCGGAGAAAGGACGGAGGGCGGAGCAGGAGGGGAAGAGAGAGAGGGAUUAAGCAGCGGCAAGGUAUCGAAUGACGCUACUAACGGGGACACGAGCGCGCAGGAGGCCAAACCAGUAACUAAAAACGCUACUAACGGGGACGCGAGUGCGCAGGACGACAAGCCGCUGUCGAAGAACGCGCAGAAGAAACUGGCGAAGCGGCAGGCGAUGCAGGAGCGGAAAGAGCGCGAGCGCGCGGAGGCGCAGCAGAAGCGUGCGGAGCAGCAGAAGCGCGCGGAGCAGGAGGCGGCGGCCAAGGAGGCGAGCAUGACGGCGGAGGAGCGCGCGGAGGCCGCCGCUCGGCAGCGGGAGAAGGCGGAGGCGCGGCGGGUGGCGGAGGCGGAGAGGCGGAAGGCGUGGGCGGAAAAGGCGGAGAAGGGUCCGGGGCUGAUAAUCGACUUGGAGUUUGAAGAGCUGAUGGGGGAGAGGGAGCUGUCGAGCCUGCAGCAGCAGGUCAUGUUCUCCUACGCACUGAACCACCGCGCCCCCUCCCCCUGCCGCCUCACCCUCUCCGGCCUCCCCCCAGCCAGCCCCUUCCUGCACCGCCUGCAGCGAAUCGCCGGCUUCGACAGCUGGCACGGCGUGACUGUGGAACCCCGUUCCUAUAUCGAAGCCUGGGCGGGCAGGGAGGGGGAACUGGUGUAUUUGACUGCAGAUGCGGAGGAGGAGGUGGGGGAGGUGGAAGCGGGGAAGGUGUAUGUGGUGGGGGGGAUAGUGGAUCACAAUCGGUACAAGGGGCUGACUAAGGGGAAGGCGGAGAAGCAGGGGAUUAAGACGGCAAGGCUGCCAAUCGGGAAAUACCUCAACCUGAAAACUUCCAAGGUAUUGGCUGUGAACCACGUGGUGGACAUAACCCUGCAGUACCUGCAGCACAGGGACUGGGAGAAAGCAGUGGCGGUGCUGGCUGUGAACCAUGUGGUGGACAUUAUUCUGCAGUACCUGCAGCACAGGGACUGGGAGAAAGCAGUGGCGGCUGUGGUACUGGCAGUGAACCAUGUGGUGGACAUUAUUCUGCAGUACCUGCAGCACAGGGAUUGGGAGAAAGCAGUGGCGGCUGUUGUGCCUGAUAGGAAGAAGACGGACAGACCUGAGGGUGACAAUAAUGAGAGUGAUACUAGUGAAAGAGAAGCUAAGAGGGCUAAAUCCGAUCACUUUCUACGGCUCCCAGUGUGGUCGUCUCUCUAUCUGCACCACGCCUCUCCGCGCUGGUACCAGUUCGUCACCUCAACAUUCUGCCACGCUGGCUGGAGCCAUCUCUCAAGCAACCUCUUCUUCCUCUACAUAUUCGGUCGGCUAGUGGAGGAGGAGGAGGGAACCCUGGGCCUGUGGGUAACCUACCUCGUGACAGGCGCAGGUUCCAACCUCGUGUCCUGGCUGCUCCUCCCGUCGUACACCGUCUCUGUCGGUGCCUCUGGUGCCGUCUUUGGCCUCUUUGUCGUCAGCGUGCUUACCCGGCUGCAGUGGAACUGGAGGAGGAUCGUGGAGGUGGUCAUUCUGGGGCAGUUCGUGGUAGAGAAGGUCCUGUCAGAGGCGCGGAACUCGGCAAUCAUGGGGGUGGGCAUGGCGGCAGGGUCGGGAGUGAACCACAUCGCCCACCUGGCAGGGGCGCUGGUGGGAGUGCUGCUCAUCUGGAUGGUGUCCCGCCUGCCUGAUGCCAGCAGCAGGGAUAGCGGGGAGGGGAGUGGCAAGAACCCUCGUGGUCACGCCUGCCCGAUGGGAGCAGCAGGGAUGGUGGGGAAGGAAGUGGCAGGGACAGCAGCAACAGCACAGAUGGCGGGAAGGCAGCAGCAGAGUGCAACUCACGGAGCAUGCUGCUCGCCUGCUGACCCCCAAUCACUCUUUGCAUGCUCCUCUGCUGUUCCUUUGCUCUAG